AUGGUUGUUACUCAUUCCAAAAACCGAGGCAAUGCUUGUCUUAUUCGCUGUGAUGGUUGUUUAAUGGAUGUUUCAACUACACUCUGGAUGCAAUGUACUGUUUGUAAUAUUGAUAUCUGUCCAAUCUGUCUCUUUAAAAAGGUUCAAAUAAAUGAGCACCAACCCAAUCAUUCCUACCGAGUAGUCAAAAACCUCUCCUUUCCAGCUGACUUCUCUGAUUGGCAACUCCUUGAAGAACUUCUUUUCGUUGAUGGGCUUAUUAUUCAUGGUAUUGGUAACUGGGAAGAUGUAUCUACGUAUAUUGGCCGUAAAUCUCCUCAAGAAACACAAGAACAUUUCUACCAAUUAUUCCAUCUUAAUCCAAAUGCACCUUUAGAAGGUCCUCCUGUUACUGAUCUACAAAGUAAUCCUCUUUCCCAGGAGAUCUCUGGAUACAUGCCUUUACGAGGUGAUUUUGAAUUAGAGUAUAAUAAUGAUGCUGAAAUGGUUAUCAAAGAAAUGACCUUUUCACCAACAGAUACACAACUAGAAAAAGAGAUGAAAGAAGCUUUACUAGAUGCUUAUCAUUUGGUUUUAUUGAAAAGAAUGCAGUUUCGUUCUCUUAUUCUAGAUAAGGGUUUAUUACAGGCUAAAAAACGUCUGCAACUAGAGAAGACGCUUUGUACGCCUGGGAAAGACUUACUGGCUAAGAUAAAGCCUCUUAUCAAAAUUAUGUCCCCAACCGAUUUCGCUCUUUUCUUUCAAGGUCUCUACUUAGAGAUAGCUAUCAAAAGAAAGAUCAAAAACUUAAUCCAGCAGUAUACUCAAGCCAAUCGCCCCGAAACCAAGAAAACCAUCUCCAAUUUCACCGAAGAGAUUCAACCCGAACUUCUUGAUACUAAUGAGCAUACUCUUUGUACAUCCCUUGGCAUUACCCCGACUGUUUAUCUUCUUCUUAAAGAGGCAGCUGUCAUUAACCAGUUCACUCCAGAAAAGGACCGUAUUCCCUUGACUAAACUCUUCCAAGGUCUGUCUGAGCCCAAACUAACCCAACUAGCCCAAUUCUUCGCCCAAAACGGCUGGAUCACCAAUGAGUAG